UUCGUUUCCAAGCAACGUGUGUUGUCUGGGGGCGGCACCUGUCCACAAUCUGCUGUUUAGCUGCUUCCUAGAGGAUAUCUGUUCGGCAUAAUGUCAAAAAAAGAAAAGUACAACAAAAACGUUAAGACGUUUCAUGUAAAGUCUAGAUUUCCAUUUCCAAUGUGACGGGACCAGAGUGGCACGAUGAAAGCGGUAGGCAGGCUCUCUGGAGGGGCCGAUGGCCAUCAGUCGGUGUCACAAUGCCAGGACCAGCCCCUUUCCAUGAACCAGAUGGUAGCGUGCAACCAGGAGGUCCAUCAGAAGUACUGCAAUAUCCUGUGUCCACUGUCCCUUUUGUUUAAUUCCAGCCUGGAUGCAGAGGAGAAUCCAGACAUGUUUCAGGAAGAAUGGUCUGAAUCGUCCGUGUCCGAGGCCACCCCCACCUCCCUGGGAGACCUGUGUGAGCAGCUCCUGCACAGGAUCAAGGAGCAGUCUGCACUCCUUUCAACCACUGUGGAGGACCAGCAAGCCCUGGUGGUAGUGAUGACCUCUGAGCUGGGUCGGAUCUGGUGUGAGGUGAAUGGGUUCAUAACUGACCCCACGCUGACCCAGGAAGAGAACAAGCAGCUUUACAGCCAAACGAUUGGAGAAGUACUGCGCAUCUGUGAGCAACUCUACCUCAACUAUCUCCACCUGCUGCACACGCUUAGGAGGCGAGCUGUCUUCACCGACCAGGCUAAUCGCAGUCGCCUGGGGGCCCAAAUGGCCAUGGACUGUACCAACAUUUUGAAUGUCUACUCUAUCCGGCGGAACAUCGCAGCAGGGAUCAAGGCCACGCGAACAGCCAGGUCAAGAUCCAGUGAUGACUGUAGCCUGAAGGGGGUGCCAAAAACAAACGGCCACCUCAGUCCACAGGCCAACAGUGGAUGUAAGAAGAACCAAAUUCUGCUUGAGAGGGACAUCCGAGAGGUUACUGAGAAAAUGGGAGACUUGGACCUUGAGUGGGUGUAUGAGCUGAUGCCCUAUAACCUAGAGGUUAUCUCAAGAAAAGUAGAGGACUUAUCCGUCAAAUCACCUGUUACUUCAGAGACAAAUGUGGAACCGGAUGAGGAUGGGAAUAUAUAUUACCGGUACUACACCAGACUCAAGGGGUGUAGUUCCAUGCCAGACCUGCAGAGGGAGACUCUCCUGGAGGAGCUGGAGAUGGAGACCCUUCCUGCUCGUUCCCAGUCCCCUCUGGUCCUGAUAGACUCUGGGCCUUCCUGCAGUUCAGACAAGCCUUUUAACCCCAAAGAUGACCUUCGCAGGCUGUAUCAGCACAGUCUUGUUGACGAAACAGCGACAGACCCAGAGGCGGAUCUUCCCCCGCUCAUCAAGGCCCUGCCCUGGAGCUGCUCAGCCAAGCUCCAAAUGCUACAAAAGACCCUCCAGAGAUUGAAGAGGAGCAGGGCGCCCCAACAAAAGCCGCCGCCCCCUCAGACCACUGUGGUUGACGUAGCCCAUCCCCAAAACCAGGGGGCGCUGGCACUCACAGCUACUGCCCGAGUCUCCCAUAGGGUGCUCCCCGAGACCAUCAACAUCCAGAUGUACCCCCCUGUCUACAAUGACCUCACUGGAGAGCUUCAACUCUGCUCUGUCCGAUGGAUGGAUUGCAAUCUAUUUGCUGGUGAAGAAAUAAAAGAAGUCUACAGGGAACUAUCCAAAAGUAUAUCAACGCAGUACCUCAACUUUGACGAGGACCCAAUGAUAGAACAUUUUUUGGCCAAUACCAAGUACAGCCCAAAGAGAAAAAAUCAAGAGAGGUUCAUCAACCCUGAGCUGAAAAUGCAGACAACUCAAUGCAUGUCACACAGAAAGAGGUGUGACGGCCCUGUGGACCAUAAGAAACCAACGGACAUCAACUCGCGGGCCUAUAAUGCGUGGCUACAGUGGUGGAAGACCAACCUCACACUGGAAGACUACCUUCAAUACAUCUCCAACCAGGACUCUGACUAUCUGGGCGUGGUCUUUCACCUGUACGACAGUGAUGAUGCAGAUGAUGAAGAGGAUGAAAAGAGGAGGUUGCUGCAACUCCAACAGAAGGAGGUGGAAAGACGUCGAAGAGAGAAGAUUGAGGCUCUGAAGAGAACAAAACAAGAGUAUGUAGCAGGGGUGUGGAAUGUCAACGCUGUGAUGUUAGGGGGUCUCUGGAAGGAACCUGUAAUGGAGGAUGAGGAAGUGAGCCUAGAUGAAGAGACCUCGCACAACCCUAAACAGGGUUCACAGAAAGGCCAUAAUCCGGCGGCAAGGACGGGGACGAACGGAGACAGGCCUACGGACAGCGAGGAGCAACUCCAGAGGAGACUGGAGAGGAUAUGGGCUGCCGUGUCUCUCCCCAAUGCCCAGAGACUGGACAUGGCCAUUAAAUACAGCUCCCACAACCACAGGAACCGGCUGGAGGAGGCUACAGCAGCAUGGGAGUGUGUUGCUAGACUUAUUCAGCAACGGGAGUCUCUGCUUGCUCGCCUAGAACUGUUUGAGCGUGAGGCUUCUGACCCCAACAGGUUCUUUCAGCCUGGCUACAAAGGAGCUUCAGUAGCCAGGAUGGAGGAGUCCAAGCACAGGGACAAACUCCAUGGCCAGCUGACAUCUCUGGAGAAGUUGUUGUCUAAGACCAUCCAUCACAUCUCAGACUGCUUCAAUGACACAGUCUCCUACAAAGGCAGACCAUACUGUGAGAAGAUGCGAUGGGAUCGCAUUGAGAUGCUGUACUGGCUCCAACAAGAGAAGCGUGUCUGUACCCUCGACAGGGUGGUGGAGGGGAGGGUCUCUGUCCCAGCUAGACUGCCCCCACUGGGUCCCAUUCUCCAGCUGAACAGUGGUACCCACCCCACCCCAAUGGGCCACACCCCAACAUCCAGCCAAAGCACACAUUUAGCCCCACUCACAGAUCCCAAUGAGCUGCGUGUAACAUGCAUACGUUUGAACACUGUCAACAAAUGAAUAAAAUGUUUGAACACAUUGCUUUUUUUAUGUGCCUGGUGGCAUAUUUAUUCUCAUUAUAGCAAAAAAAAAAAAAGGUAUAUAUAGCAAAAAUCAAUCAUUUACAAGGGGUAUGCCUAUGAACCAUAGUGUACCAAGUUUUAUUAUUAAAUAAUUAUUGAUUGUUGUUUAGAACACACCUUAUUCAAGAAACACGGUUUAACAAACUGUAAGCCUAACCCUGAAC